AUGAUUAGCGAUAACGACGACCUCAAUGACGAUGAAGAUGGUGAUGUCGAUGAUGAUGUCGCUGAAGAUAUUGAUGAUGAUGAGCAGUCAGCAUUGCCUUCCCUGGAUAGUGUUAGUGAGAAGCCCGAGUCCUUGCCCGACGCAAAUGAACCGGAGACGUCCAUCCCAGAUUUGCUGAUGGAUCAGAAUAUGUUGCAAAUGCUCGCUGCCGCCGAGUUUGCCGAUCGCGGUUGCCGUUGCGUAACUUUGAGCUACUGUCGGGGCAACUGGAGCAGACGAUCACCAAGGCUGAGCUCUAUGAACAACACGGUUACCAUCCGCAGAUAAACUUCUUCUGUUGAUGCCGGAAGUGAAAUUGUUCCAAGUUAUGCCCAUUUUAUCAAACAGCAUCUACGUAUUGCAGUUUAAAAUAUUGUUAAAACUUAUAACCGUGCUUUAAAAUAUUAUGAAAUUUGUUAACUUCUCACAGCAAGAAAUAAUAAAUAAAAUACAUAUUAA